AUGGCGAGACCUUCUUGGAACACGUCCACGGCUUCGGAGUGUGGCAAUGCCUCCUCAUCGUCCUCGUCGUCUUCAGGCACUUCCGGCCGAUCCGCAGGCUCCGGGUCCUCCAGGGCUGCCAGCUACCGGGAAGCCUGGCUUUCUCGUCGCUCCUCCAGCCCGCCCCUGCUUUCCAGCGCGUGCGCAGUGACUGCGCCACGCCCCCGGUGGCGACAGGCACCUCUCAGCUCCCUGGAGGACAGUAGCUCUGUGAUGUGCUUGUGGUUUCAGAUGUGGGUGGCCCGUGUCCGCCUGCUCAGACUUAUCUCCUGGAUCAGCUUCCAUACGCCACAGGCUCCUGCUGCUGCUGGAGAGCGUGGUGUCUCCCUCCAGAGAGAAGAGAAGACACUACUGGACAAGAGGAUGGCAGUAAAGCAGGUCCUGGUCCCCUGGUUCCUGAUCUACACCUGUGUCUGCUCUUGCAUCUGCUGGGGAGUCCCUGUCCCAGAGCAGGGAGCAGGGCCGAAGGCUGGGACGUUCACCUGCCUCAGCGACAGCCUCUUCAGGAUUGACUGCCACUGGUCGGCUCCAGAAGUGGGCCUGGAAUCCAGGGCCUGGCUCCUUUUUACCAAUAACCAGGUGACAGAUAUCAGUCACAGGUGCCCGUUCCAGGGCAGUGUGUGCACCCUCACGCUGCCCCUUGAGGAGGUGUUGGUGCCCACUGACGUCUUCAACAUCACUUUGCACCGCCGCGUCAUGGGGCAGGAGCAGGUCAGCUUGGUGGACUCACAGUUCCAGCCGUGGAGGCACAUUAAGCUGGAUCCCCCCUCGGAUCUGCAGAGCAACGUCAGCUCUGGGCGCUGUGUCCUGACCUGGAGCAUCCAUCUUGCUCUGGAGCCCUGGAGCUCAGACCUCAACUAUGAGCUGGCCUUCAAGAAGCAGGAAGAGCCCUGGGAGCAGGCCCGGCACAAGGACCGUAUUGUUGGAGUGACCUGGCUCAGCCUUGAAGCCGUCGAGCUGAACCCUGGCUCCAUCUAUGAGGCCAGACUGCGUGUCCAGAUGACUUUGUUGGAGGAGGAUGACAUGGCAGAGGAGAGAUAUUAUAAGAGCCAUUGGAGUGAGUGGAGCCAGCCUGUGUCCUUUCCUUCUCCCCAGAGAUGGAGACAGGACUUCCUGCUCCCAUCCUGGCGGUGGUCAGAUAGCAUCCUUGUUGCUGUGUCCAUCUUUCUUCUGCUGACCGGCCUUAUUCGCCUUCUGUUCAAGCUGUCACCCAGGGUGAAGAGGAUCAUCUACCAGAACAUUCCCUCUCCAGCACCUUUCUUCCUUCCUCUCUACAGUGUGUACAAUGGGGACUUCCAGACCUGGACAGGGGCCCACAGAACCGGACUGCAACCAAGACGGAAUGAUGCCGGCACUCCAUCAGGAGGCUCAGAGUCCAGCAUCUGGGAGGCCAUUACAUCCCUCACCUACAGCCCAGCGUGCCCUGUGCAGUUUUCCAGCCUGCCGUGGGAAGGCGCAGGGCCUGGCUUCUCAGGGCCACCAGGCUUGGCGCAUGUGCUGCCCGCAGUGUGUCUGGAGCUGGAAGGACAGCCAUCUGCCUACCUGCCCCAGGAGGGCUGGGCUUCUCCGGUCUCUGUCUGGCCCCCUCCUCUGGACUCAGACGGGGGCAGCAGCGACUAUUGCAUCUUGAACUCCUGUGAGGAGCUCCGCCCCUCAGCCUUCCCAGAACACACCCAGAGCCCUGAGCUCACACAGCCCCAGCCUGUGGCCCUUCCUGUGUCCAGCAGGACCUGA